AAUGAUCAAAAUAACAGAUUUUAUUCAGCUGCUGCUAAUUUAACACUUAUAAGUUAUUUUACCAGUGACAUACACCAGAUACAAUUUGUACAUAUGUUAUUACAGAAUAUCAUCACGGAGGAACUAUUCCUAUUACUCCUUCUGUUUGAACCACUUCAGUAGCAAGCAAUAUUUAUUUACUUAGCACUUGCCAUAAAAAGGAGUCAUCAGGUGCUGUCAUGAAAAUAAUGAAAAACAGCAGAAAAUUUUAUAGCAGGUAAAACAAUAAACAAAAAUGUAAAAGAAAUUAAAAGACACCAAAAAAUAUAAAGUAAAAAAGAUACUAGACUCAAUGAGAAAACAUAUACUGCACUAAAGUAGAACUCACACAACACACUCGACUGAAAUGCCAGACUAUAUAUCUCUGGCUGACUUCCACAGACUCAGUAAACCUCAGUGAACAGGCAGAGUAUUCCAAUAGUUGGACACGAUAGUCUCAGUAUGGUUCUCCUCAGUACGGUUGUCCAAGGAGAAAAAAGAAAACAUCAAUACUAAAAUUAAUUUAAAAUUAAGCUGUAGUUCAGCUGAAUGAAGCAAAGACAGCACUUGUUGUUCCAAAUAAUUAUCGUAACACAGCAUGGCUUCAAACAGAAAGGCCUCUACCCCACUAACAGCUAUGUAGUUGAUGUUCAUUAUUGCAGGCUUAAUGGGUCAUGGAUGGAAUAUUGAGCUGUGUCAGACCACGUGGAAAAUCGGGCGGGUCGCUGGCUAUACAGAGCAGGGGGGGAACCAUACCUCAGCUUACCAGAGAGUCCAGACUGUGGUGAAGUACAAUGAGCAAAUAAAGAGUGAAAUCUGGAGCAGAGCAGUUGAAGGGGUUUCAGGCCGGUUUAAUCUUUCACAAAGCCUGGAUGUUUCCCUGGCCAAGUGUUUUUGUGAGUGAGAGAGAGCCAAGGAGGGAUUCUGUGUCUGCAUGGAUUUAAAAGUGUAAUUUGAUUCACCAACAGAGUUACUUUUCCCAAUUUAUAAAUAUAGUCUGUGAUUAAUUACUUGAUUGAAGAUGCUGUAAAUAACUUCUAUGAGGACUGUAAAUAACAGGUCGUGCAUCAACAUACAGGAUUACGUUAAGUAUGUGAUUGGGUACAUUAGCACUUUUGUUAACAACAACGCCAACACCUUUAACAUGGUCAUUCCCCACAAACACACCCAUAAACUGUCUACACUUGGCCUGUACCUCACCUGGACUCUUUGACUGGGAAGCCUCAGUCUGUCAGUGUUGGUAAUAAACCUUCAGCCAGUAUUAUUAUAAACAUUGGCACUCCACAAAGAGGCAAUUUCAGCCCCAUCUGCUACACUCUGUUCACCAACAACUGUGUUACCUAUCACAAAGAUAGGUAACAUCCUAAAGUUUGUGGACAACACCACACUGAUAGGACACAUUAUUGGUGCGACCUACAAAGCGACCUACAGAAGGGAGGUCUGAUGUCUAUGUGCGAGAACAACAACCUCACUCUCAACACAGACAAGACAAAAGAGAUCAUAGUGGAAGGAGAGGAGAUUCCACCUGCCACCGGUCAUCUGGGAGCUGGAAGUGGAGAGGGUAAGCUGCUUGGGUAUCUACAUCAGUGAGGACGUGUAAUACCAAGUAGUCUGGUAUGUUGCCUAAAAUCCUCAGCAGGUUCUACAGCUGCAUUGUGGAGAGUAUCUUAACCAGUACAGUAAUGCCAGUGCUAUGCACCACAAAUGCCUGCAAUGUAGUGAGGACUGCCAAACAAUUUUCAAGUUUUCACAAUUGAUUAUUAAGUAUUUAUUGGCAGCAGACAAAAUGGAAAGGAUGCCACUGCCUAUUGAACAGAAUUUUUGUAAUAUGGUACAAUCAAGGCAUUAAUUUGACUGGUUAAAAAAGUUGGGCCAAGGCAGGGGUUUAAACUUGGCCCUCCCUUUAUGGUCUUUGUCCAUCCCUUGGUCAUGUUUCAUCUUCUGCACUGGGCUUGUCCUGCAAGAUAAGAGCAGACAACUCCUCCCACUUCACCAUGGCAACAACUCUGUCAGCCCUGGGGAGGAAGGGUGAGAGGGUGAGAGAGAGAGAAAGAGAGAGAGACAGAGAGAGAGAGCUCUUCUUUAAAACUUUUGAAUAAAACUUUUGAACAAGAUGAAAAAAAAAGUCACAAAAUACAUGCACUAUAAGAAAAAUUCUAAAAACAAGCAGCAUAGCCUGCUAAUCUUCUGUCAAAAAGUUAUCAGGCCUUUUUUAAUGAAAUAAAUAGAUUUUUACAGUAAUCGCCAUUAAACAGGCAUUCAGUUAUUGGUAAAAUGGAAACAUUCUUAUUUACAGCACAGCCUCUGUAUCAAUAACUUCGUUAUCAAAUCUGUCCCACUAGUACUCAACACCUGUAGAACUAAUAAUAUGUAUGCUUCAUUUUGUGUUAAAUAUAAAUCUAUUUUAUUUCACUCUAUUUCUCCUUUGAUAAGAUCAGUAAAUUGCAGUUACACCAACAUGAAUAAAUAAAUUCACAAACUGAAAACUAUUUCUCUUUCGAAAAGCGAGCGAAAUCCCUCACCUCGGGAAACCCAGGUGCAACACUUUGAAGCACAUUGGUUCCGUUUAGGUGGCCCCACUUUACAUUUUCAGCAUAAAGUAAAAAAAAACCCCUUUUGUUUUCACUACAGGUGCAAUUACUUACUUUGGUACGUUUUCUUAAUACCGAAAUAUUAUGAUCUGCAGUUAUUUUAAUUACAAUCAGUGACGUGAUGAUAAUGUAAUGAUGCUCACUGUAUAAAGCAUUAAUACGCCUCUCUCACUCCUCUGGCAUCCACCCUCUCUCCCCACAUAUGUUGGAAGCUCGCUCUAUCACAGCCAGUCUCUGGCCCAUCUCGAAGCUUGUGCAGCAACAAUCUGCCAAUAGCGAGCCUGCUGAGGUGGGGGGAGAGCGAGCACACGCACAUACUAUACAGCGUACGAAGCUCGUGUUCAUAUGUAAUAUGUGAGCGGCAGGAAGCAGCUCGUUCUGCUCAUUGCAGAAGGACGGCAGAAUGGCGAGAGGACGGCGGGGUCUCGUGGCCCCUCAGAACACGUUUCUAGAGAACAUCGUCCGCCGGUCCAACGAUACCAAUUUUGUGCUGGGAAACGCUCAGAUCGUGGAGUGGCCUAUCGUCUAUAGCAAUGAUGGCUUCUGUAAACUCUCUGGCUACCAUCGUGCUGAGGUCAUGCAAAAGAGCAGCACCUGCAGCUUCAUGUAUGGAGAACUGACAGACAAGGAAAUGAGUGAGAAGGUUAGACAGACCUUUGAGAACUACGAGAUGAACUCUUUUGAAAUUCUGAUGUACAAGAAAAACCGGAUGCCAGUUUGGUUUUUCAUGAAGAUUGCCCCAAUCAGAAAUGAGCAGGACAAAGUUGUCCUGUUUCUCUGCACUUUCAGUGACAUCACUGCCUUCAAGCAACCGAUUGAGGAUGAAUCUUCUAAAGGGUGGGGUAAAUUUGCUCGUUUGACUCGUGCACUAACCAGCAGUCGAGGAGUUCUUCAGCAGCUUGCCCCAGCUGUCCAUAAAGGAGAGAAUGUUCAUAAACAUUCACGCCUGGCAGAGGUUCUCCAGCUGGGUUCAGAUAUCUUGCCUCAGUACAAACAGGAAACCCCAAAGACACCACCACACAUCAUUCUCCACUAUUGCCUUUUCAAGACCACGUGGGACUGGGUUAUCCUCAUCCUGACAUUCUACACUGCUAUCAUGGUGCCCUACAAUGUCUCGUUUAAGACCAAGCAGAACAAUGUCACCUGGCUGGUGGUGGACAGCAUUGUGGAUGUCAUCUUCCUCGUGGACAUUGUCCUCAAUUUCCACACUACGUUUGUUGGUCCAGCUGGAGAGGUUAUCUCUGAUCCCAAACUAAUUCGCAUGAACUAUGUCAAAACCUGGUUUGUCAUCGACCUCUUGUCCUGCUUGCCUUAUGAUGUUAUCAACGCUUUUGAGAAUGUGGAUGAGGGAAUCAGCAGCCUGUUUAGCUCUCUCAAAGUGGUACGUCUGCUGCGUUUGGGUCGAGUUGCCAGAAAGCUGGAUCAUUACAUUGAGUAUGGUGCUGCUGUACUGGUUUUGCUGGUAUGUGUGUUUGGCCUGGCAGCCCACUGGCUGGCCUGUAUCUGGUACAGCAUCGGAUACUAUGAGGUGAUUGAUGAGAACACCAACACUGUGAGGAUGGACAGCUGGUUGUACCUGUUAGGAGAGACAGUUGGGAUGCCAUACAGAUUCAAUGCCUCGAGCUCAGGCAUCUGGGAGGGCGGGCCCAGUAAAGACUCAGCCUACAUCACUUCGUUGUACUUUACCAUGACCAGUCUGACCAGUAUUGGCUUCGGAAACAUAGCACCAAACACAGAUGGAGAGAAGAUCUUUGCUGUAGCCAUGAUGAUGAUUGGAUCGCUGCUGUAUGCCACCAUCUUUGGUAACGUCACCACCAUCUUCCAGCAGAUGUACGCCAACACCAACAGGUACCAUGAGAUGCUCAACAGUGUGAGAGACUUCCUCAAGCUCUACCAGGUCCCUAAAGGCCUGAGUGAGCGUGUGAUGGACUACAUUGUGUCCACCUGGUCUAUGUCAAGAGGCAUUGAUACUGACAAGGUGCUGCAGAUUUGUCCAAAGGACAUGCGAGCAGACAUCUGUGUCCACCUCAACAGGAAGGUGUUUAAGGAACACCCGGCAUUUCGCCUGGCCAGUGAUGGCUGCCUGCGGGCUCUGGCCAUGGAGUUUCAGACCAUCCACAGUGCCCCUGGUGACCUUAUCUAUCAUGCUGGAGAGAGCGUGGACAGCCUUUGCUUCGUCGUGUCUGGAUCGCUGGAGGUCAUCCAGGACGAUGAGGUGGUGGCCAUUUUAGGAGAUGUCAGUGGAGUUGAGGACGAAGAGAAACCGAAAGGUGUGGACCCUCUCUACACGCUUACCAUUGAUGUAAGUAAGUAAAGUUAAUUUAUUAAGCGCUUUUCAUAGGCAGGCAGUCACAAAGUGGGGCUACAGGGGGGGCUAAUUCAGUGCUGUGCCUCCUGAAGUCGACAGUGACCUCUUUGGUUUUCUUGGUGUUCAGUGCCAGGUUGUUCUCUGCACACCAUGCUGCCAACUUCAGGACUUCCUCUAUGUAAGCUGCCUUGUCUCCCUUUGAGAGUCCAACUACAGUGGUGCCAUCAGCAAACUUGAUGAUGAGGUUGUUGUCGUGGGUCAAACUGCAGCUGUGAAUGUAGAAGCAAUACAAGGUGGGGCUCAGCACACAGCCCUGUGGGGAGCAAGUGCUCAGAAUACGAGUGGAGGAGAGAUGAGGGCCGAGUCUUACAGCCUAGGGCUGCUUAGUGAGAAAGUACUUUAUCCAGGCCCAUGUAAGAGGGAGGAGGCCAAGAGUGACCAGUUUGGUGAUAAGGAUGAUUGUAUUGAAAGCUGAGCUGCAGUCAACAAAGAGCCUUCGGACAUAGCUUUGCUGCUGUUCCACGUGGAGAGCUACAGCAACGGCGUCUUCUGUGGAUCUAUUUCGCGUGAUAUGCAAACUGGUAGGGGUUGAGGUCUGGGGGGAGUGACUCGGGAGAGCAGGAGGAGAGGUGGUUGGACUGGCCGAGGUGGGGGAGCGGUAUGGCUCCUUAGCUGGACUGGCCAUCGGGCAUUUGCCCGGUGGGCCGAUGGUGAUUUUUCGUUUUCAUGGGCCGAUGUUCUUUUUUUCUUUCUUUUUUUUGGUAACGUAUAAACAAUGACAGGUGGUGGAUUGGCACAUGUGUAAAAAUAACUCAAUUGUUUGGUGGUGACUAUGGCGGAGCUUCCACAGAUUCAGUAACAUUAGCAAGUAGUGGAGGCCGGCAGGUGGAUUAGGGAAAGGUGAGACAGGAGGAGGAGAGACCAGAGGUGGCUGCCGGUCCGAGUAUCAGGGGAACUGAACUUGAGGUGAGAAGUUAUGAACUGCAGUCUAUCUGGGUCAGAUAUAAACCUAGUUUAGGUAUAGUUUAUUUUCGUUGUGCUAACUUUUUACAGUAAAUUACAAUAACUCCUCCUGCGUACUAGCUAGAAUGACAGAGUUUCUAUACUGCUGGGCGGGUGCUA